AUGUCAUUUAGACACGAAUCGCCACCGUUGUGGAGUCACGUCAUCGUAUGUCUCUUAUGUACCUGCAAUUUCUCCAUUUUAGCGUCAAGUCCAGAAUAUUUAGGAUGUUUUUUGAACGAAGAUCUAAAUAUUUCAAAUGGUUUAAAUAUAUCAUUAGCUUCUUUGACACCUCAAGAAUGUUCAGAUGAAUGUUAUGCAAACAAUUACACUUAUGCCGCAAUUAAUAACGAACCAUUUUGUCACUGUACAAAUAAUUACAUGUCUAAAUUGACGGAGGAGAUGGAUGACGAUUGCAAUGGCUCGUGCAACGCUGCAAGAAACGCGUCAAACGAGAGAUGUCAAAUGCAUUUUAAAAUGUUCAAAACUUAUAAUACUAGUUUAAUAGGUGAGGAGAAAUAUCCUCAAGCGAUCUACCUAGGAUGCUUCGGAGAAAGAAUGGGUGACGAUAAGAACCGAUUGUUGAAAUUUCCCCACGAGAGGUAUGAUGAUAACAGUCCGCAAAAAUGUUCCGAAGAAUGUUUCAAAAUCGGAUUUCUGUACUCUGGAACCACAAAUGGAGAAAAGCAGGGAGCUGCUUGUUGGUGUGGCAAUCAAUAUCCCUCAGAAAAAUUCAAAAUAAGUGACACGAAAUGUAACUCCAUCUGUUCGGGCGACAAGUCCAAAAAUUGCGGUGGUCUGUGGAGAUUAAGCGUUUAUUCCACUGGGAUCGUCGAUUAUCCACUCAAAAAUUUGGUCGGGUGUUACGAUUUGGACGGAUUUAGUCGGUACGACAAGAAAGUAUACAUUUUAAAGGAAACCAUUGAUCCGCACAGGUGUUUUUAUAUUUGCAACGAGAGAGGAUAUAAAUACGUGGCAGUCAACGAGGAUCAUUGCGAGUGCAGCGACGAAACACCGAGUGCAGAUGAACGGAAAAAACAAGAAGAGUGUAGAAAAUGUGCUGGAGACGAAUCGGAAUAUUGUGGUGGUCCCGAACGUAUUAGUAUCUACGAAAACGAUUGGUUUGGCAUGAUUACCGGAAAUCUAUCAAUUACUCAUUUUGGAUGUUUUGAAAACUCUUGGAUGUAUCCAGUGAUGGAUGGAUGGAAUAUAUCAUUUCCUAGCGAAUUGACCUCACAAAAGUGCGCUUCUAGUUGUUUCACCCGAGGGUUUCCAUUCGUAGCACUAGUGUCAUCGACGAAGUGUCUGUGCAGUUUCGAUAGUCCACCGAUCGAAGCCAAAGUCAAAGCUGGAGGACCGCAUUGCAACGUCACGUGUUCAGGUGGCACAGAAAGCGUGUGCGGUGAUCGCACCCACUACAACGUGUUCACCACCGGGCUGAAAACGUCCAGGGUGCCCGGUGACCAUUACCUGGGCUGUUACGAAGAGACGGACGUAUACAGAGCGUUCAAGAAAAACCAGUCGGUCGAAAUCCCGUACGUCAACACUCCGAAAAUCUGUUCCAGACACUGCGACAGUCUGGGCUACGAAUAUUUCCAACUAUCCAACAGAGAAUUGUGUUUUUGCGGAAACAGCCAUCCGGCGGACGACGGUGCGGUACGGGUCGACGACAACAAGUGUUCCGCUCAGUGCUCGGGUGACGCGAACAAGUAUUGCGGAGGAGUGUUUAAAAUCGCGGCGUUCCGUAUAGGAAUGGUGGCUGACAUAGAAUAUAAUUGUUCUACAGAUUGCGAAUGCUAUUUUCUCCCAAAACACAAUGUGUCCAAAAUUGACUGUUCAAAAAGUAACCUAAUUGACCCUUCUACAAUUAUUCCUGAUUUAAAAACAACUUCGUCAUCUAUUGAUUUAAUUUUGAGAGACAAUUUGAUCGAAAACUUACCUAAUUUAACAAGUUUUCAUAUCACUUUAUUGGAUAUCAGUAAUAACAAUAUAACGACAUUGGAUGCCAAUCUUUUACCUAAAACUUUAAAAGUUUUGUUCGCCCAUAAUAAUAAGUUAACAACCCUGGACGGUAGAUUAAUACAAAGUCUAGACGUCAUAAUGUUAUCGAAAAACCCGUGGCCAUGUGAAUGUGAUUUGUUGAACACCCUUCUAAAAUAUAAAUCAAAGAUCGGAGAUAUGAAUAAAAUCACUUGCACGUCUUCCACAGUCCCUCUUGUCCACAUGAACGAAUACGAACUUUGUAAAAAAUGGAAAAUCAAUUAUUUUUACCUGUUCAUCGCCUUGGGUUUCGUUUCAUUCGUUUGCCUGCUGUCUGUUUAUUUUAAGUUGCACAGGAGUGUUUGGUUGUACAUAUUACGCAACAUCCAAUGCGACUCAUGUGAUCUGAUGUCCAUGCAGCACACCAACAAUGAUGAUAAAGAUUCCGAGGAAACUUUCAUGCAACGGAUCCAAUACGACGAAUUGGUGUUGGCCACCGACAACUGGAACCAGAACCACGUGCUGGGCGAGGGCGGUUUCGGGGUGGUGUACAAAGGCAAUUGGAGACACACGGACGUAGCGAUCAAAAGACUGAAAGCCGAGGGAGUAGCUGAAAAAGUGGUAAACAUGCACACUUUGGGAGACGGACUCUUGCAGAACCCGUCGAAAGAGAUUAUGUAUUUAAACGCCGUUAAACACGAUAACGUACUGUCCAUGUACGGAUUUUGCUUCCAUUCGACGGGAUCUUGUUUGAUAUAUCAGUUUAUGGCAAACGGGUCGCUCGAAGAUCGAUUACAGUGCAAAAACGGAACGAAUCCAUUAUCCUGGAAGUUGCGUGGUAACAUAGCUACAGGAAUAGCAAGAGGCUUACAGUUUUUGCACAAUGUUGAGACGCCUUUGAUCCAUGGUGAUAUAAAAAGUGCCAAUAUACUUUUGGACUCUAACCUUGAGCCUAGGAUAGGAGAUUUCGGGCUUGCUCGGACCGGACCACUGCAGGAACAAUUAAUUAACAAAAGCGUUGGAUUUGAUGUCAGCCACGUGUGUGGCACGAAGCCUUAUUUACCUGAAGAUUUUUGUAGGAGCAGAAAACUAUCGACAAAAGUGGACACUUACAGUUUUGGUGUGGUGAUGUUCGAAAUAGCGACCGGUCUAAGAGCGUUCAACAGGUACAAAAAUUACAAAUAUUUGAAAGAUUUGGUGAAUAAGCAUGACAAAUCUUCAAUUGCGAAUAUUGCCGACAAAAUGGCCGGACAUGAUUCAUUUCAUAUUUUUGAAAUACUUAUAACUUUAGGUAAAGCGUGCGUGGCAGAUAUAGCAGAGAAACGUCCAGAAAUGGUCGUUGCUUACAUGAAUCUAAAAAACGUUUUGUCGUCGGAUACCAACGUAAAUAAUGUUGAUACGAGCGGCGAGAAAUUUAACAACAUGGCAAAUGCACACUUUAAGGAAACCAAAAAUCCAGAUAUCAUAAAAUUGAACGAAAUAAAGGCAUCUCUGUUAGCACCACUCAAUGAGAUUCCGUCAAUAUCGAACUUGUACUCUAGUCCUGUGCACGAAGCCGAUCCUCGGAAAAUCAUUACUACAGAAGUAAAAUCCGUCAGCAAUGAGAUUUCGGAUGAAGGUUUUUUUACGACAGACUUUUAA